CAGGACUCUCUGACUCCCAUUAAGAUAAAAGCGGCGUUCCAAGAACGUUCGUGACGCCGGUCACGCCCACCAGCUUAUAAAUAUUAGAAAAACUCACCCCGCAAUGUUUAGUUUGGUUGACCGCCGCUUCUUGUCUCAAAUCUCAACGCUUUUCUUCAAGGUACGCUAGUCCUUUUCUGUUCAUCUUGCUCUCUGUCGUCCUAUUCGGUAAAGGUUCGAUCUUUGCUUGUUCAUAGAGCCUUCCACUUGAUACCCCUUGCUUCCUGUGCAAUAAAUCUGCAAAAACUCUGAUGGGUUAUCGAUGUUUUUCAAUUUCCCUGAUGGGUUUUUGAGGGUUUUCUAUUUUGCUUCUGAUUUGUUCUUGUUAGUAUGCUUUAUUCCUUGAUGGGUUCCUUCUGACUUUGUCGGUGAGAUUAAAUCUUUGAAUUUCAUCAUUUUGUGUGUUGGAUCUCUAAGUUUUAGAGGGGUUUUAGAGAUUACAAUUGUCCCAGAUACUGUGUUUUUCUGUGAUUGUUAUGGAUCAUCCAACUUUCAAUGGAGUUCCUGAUUACAUGAAUGGUUUUAGUAUUGAUGACCUAGCCUUCUCACCCAAUUCAACUCAAUUCCCAAAUCUCAUAAAUGAAUAUCAAUUUAACCAGCUCUCUCCGGAUCUUAACUUUAUGGAUAAUCGUUUUUUCACUCCACCCGAUUUCGAACAGGGUAAUAUUGUUCCUAAAGUUAGUGUGACCACAUUUGGAGAGUCGUUUGUUCCAUCUAAUAGUUUGAGUCCACCAGAUGAAGGCUCAUUUUCACUGCCUAAUACUUUGAGCCCUGGAGGAGGAGACACAUCCUCCGAUGACAGUGAUUUCUCCGAAUCUGUUUUCAAAUACGUAAACCAGAUUCUUAUGGAAGAGAAUAUAGAGAAAAAGCCUUGCAUGUUCUAUGAUCCAUUGGGUCUUCGUAUGACUGAGAAAUCGUUCUACGAUGUUCUUGGUCAACAGUACCCCUUUUCACCCAAUCAGCAACCCCUUUAUAUCAAUCCGAAUGUUGAGAGUCCCGAUGGUAAUAUUUCUGGGAAUUGUACUGAUUGUAGUGGUAGUACUAAUUCUGGUACUAGCAAUUCCAUUGAUCCUCAAUGGGUUGGCGAUCUAGGAGACCAAAAAUCUUCUUUUCCACAAACUUCCCUUCCCAAUGACUACCCUUUCCAGUUUAAUUCAAAAUCCAGUUCACAGUUGUCUGUUCCUCUGGAAAAUGGCAUGACUAGGCUUGGUGAUGGGCUGCGUGUUGGUGAUGAGCAGCAUGUUGAUAAUGUGCUGCAGGGCUCUUCUAUAGAAGAGUUUGUGGCUCAGAAUAUAUUUACAGAUAGUGAUUCUAUCUUUCAGUUUCAGAGAGGGUUAGAGGAAGCUAGUAAAUUCCUUCCGAAAAGCACUAAGUUGCUUGUUGAUCUGGAAAGCAACACAGUGUCUCCAGAAGUGAAAGCACAUGUGCCGAUAGUUACUGUCAAGAAAGAAAAGAGUGAGAGGAAGAACUUACUUAAUGGGUCAAAGGGAAGAAAGAAUCACAAGCGGGAAGAUGUUGAUCUCGAAGAAGGGAGGAGUAGCAAGCAGUCUGCAGUUUAUUUAGAAGGGACUCAAGAGAGUGAAUUAUCUGAGAUGUUUGACAAGGUGUUGCUUUGUCCUGGCGGAAAUAAUGAAUCUCAGUGUGACAAUGUUGCUUUUAAGAAUGAAGCAAGCAAGACCUUGCAGCCAAAUGGACAGGCACAAGGAUCUAAUGGUAAUGGUGGGAAGGCUCGUGGUAAGAAACAAGGAGAUAAGAAGGAAGCCGUGGAUUUGCGGAAUCUCCUGAUUUUAUGCGCACAAGCCUUGUCAACCAAUGAUUUUAAAACCACCAGUGAACUGCUAAAGAAGGUUAGGCAGCACUCUUCUCCUAACGGUGAUGGAUCUCAAAGAUUGGCUCACUUCUUUGCAAAUGGUCUUGAGGCUCGUAUGGCUGGUACUGGCACUGGAACCCAAAUGUUUUAUACGUCCCUUGCUUCCAAAAGGACACCAGCUGUUGAGAUUUUGAAAGCUUACCAAGUUCAUCUUUCUGCUUGUCCCUUCAAGAGAAUGUCAAUUUUCUUCAAAAACAAGAUGAUUUUGAAGAUGGCCGAGAAAGCAACAACCCUUCAUAUUGUCGAUUUUGGUAUCCUGUAUGGUUUCCAGUGGCCCAUCCUCAUCCAGCAUCUUUCAAAGAGAGCUGGAGGACCUCCGAAGCUACGCAUUACAGGGAUAGAGGUUCCCCAACCUGGGUUUCGUCCAGCAGAGUGGAUUGACGAGACUGGACGUCGCUUGGCAAGAUAUUGUGAGCGUUUUAAUGUGCCUUUUGAGUACAAUGCGAUAGCUUCACAAAACUGGGAAUCCAUCCAACUGGAGGACCUCAAGACUGAAAGGAACGAGGUGCUUGCUGUGAAUUCUAUGUUACGGUUCAAGAACCUACUUGACGAGACAGCUGAAGUGAACUGUCCAAGGGAUGCUGUUCUAAAACUAAUAAGAAGGAUGAAGCCAGAUAUUUUUGUGCACUCUAUUAUCAAUGGUUCCUACACUGCCCCUUUCUUUGACACUCGAUUUCGGGAGGCUCUCUUCCACUACUCUGCCUUGUAUGAUGCAUUUGAUAUUAAUAUACCCCGUGACAAUGAAGAGAGGUUGAUGUUUGAGAGGGAGUUCUAUGGCAGGGAAGUUAUGAAUGUAAUAGCAUGUGAGGGCGUAGAGAGGGUUGAGAGGCCUGAGACAUACAAGCAGUGGCAGGUUCGAUGCAUGAGGGCUGGGUUGCAGCUGCUGCCAGUGGACCAAGGUCUACUGAAGAUUUUCAAGGAUAAGGUGAAGGCAUGGUACCACAAGGACUUUGAAAUUGAUCAAGAUAGUGAUUGGAUGCUCCAAGGAUGGAAGGGCCGAAUUGUGUAUGCUUCUUCUUGUUGGGUGCCAGCUUAGGAGUCUUGUAGAGUAUGCUUGAUUGAACUUCUUUGAGAAUUGCAGGAAAGGAUGAUCGACAAACUGGGCAGAGGUCAUUGGUGGUAAUACGGUAAUACCUUCUCGCAGAAGAACAUUAACAACACGACUCCUUUUUCUGUGUGGUUCAGAGGUCUUUUUUUUCGUUUUUUAUAUUAAUGGUUUGUCUACUUCAUGUUGCUAAUGAAAAUUAGAGCAUAAUGUAAAUGCUUGGCUUCGUUAGUAUUUCGUUGCUUGUAGGGUAAUGUGUAUAUAUAUGUUGGCUUCGUUAGUAUUUCGUUGCUUGUAGGGUAAUGAAAAUUAUAGCAUAAUAUAUUUUUGAUAUUUUUCUUCUUCUUUUUUAUAUA